AUGACUGCCAAGACUCUCUCUGUGUUUUACGGUACCAUCAUUCACUCGCAAUCGCUCACCGAGUUGGAGAUCAUUGAGAAUGGUCUCUUGAUUGUCGAUCGCACCAGUGGCGUCAUUCAACGUCUCGAACGUAACGUUAGCAACCCUGAAGAGGCUUUGAAGGAUUUGGAUGCAUCAUCCUAUGAACUACACAAAAUGAGUCCUCACCAAUUCCUACUUCCUGGAUUUAUCGAUACGCAUGCUCAUGCACCUCAAUACGUGUUUGCUGGAUCGGGAAUGGAAUUGCAAUUGUUGGAUUGGCUCAACGCCAACGUAUUCCCUGUGGAGUCAUCGUUUGCAUCAACGGAUAUGGCCCGCAAGUCUUAUACCAAGGUUGUUUCACGUUUCUUGCGUAAUGGUACAACCACCUGCAGUUGGUUUGCUACCAUUCAUCUCGAAGCAUGCAAGGUGUUGGUGGAUAUUAUUCGGGAAUUAGGUCAACGUGCCUAUGUCGGCAAGGUCAACAUGGACCAAAACAGCCCUGAUUUUUAUGUGGAAAAGACCCAAGAGAGUUUGGACGCCACCCGUGCUUUUAUUGAAUACACAUUGCCCCAUGGUCCCUUGGUGACACCUGUUGUAACACCACGCUUUGCCAUCACGUGCUCAUCCACCUUGAUGAAGGGCUUGAGUGCUUUGGCAUCUGAAUACAAGGUCCCCAUCCAAACCCACUUGUGCGAGAACCACAAUGAGAUCAACUUUACGUGCAGCUUGUUCCCUGAUUCCAAACACUAUACCGGUAUCUACCACGACCACGGCCUGUUUACUGCCAGCGAAAACGUCUACAUGGCCCACUGUGUUCAUAUGGAGGAUGAUGAAAUUCAAUUGCUCAAGGAGAACAAUGUCGGCAUUUCCCACUGUGCCAACUCCAACUUUUCUCUGCAGAGUGGUGUAUGUGAUGUGAGACGAUUCUUGGAAAGUGGUGUCAAGGUGGGUCUUGGUACCGAUGUGGCUGGUGGCUAUGCUCCUUCCAUGUUGGAUGCCGUACGCUCUUCCUUCUUCGCUUCCAAGGUCCAACUCAUGCGCCAUCGUGAUGAGCUUAACAAGCCCGAUUACAAGGUGCUUGGCACCACUGAACUCGUUUACCUUGCUACCAUGGGUGGUGCUCGUGUCCUUGGUCUUCAAGAUACCAUUGGUAACUUUGAACAAGGCAAGGCCUUUGAUGCUCUCUUUGUCGAUCUCGAUCUUGCCAACAGCCCUGUUGAUGUGAUGGGUCAUGAAAAUAAGACCCAGUUGCUUGAAAAGUUCCUCUUUAAUGGUAGUGAUCAAUCCCUUGCUCACGUUUUUGUUCAGGGUCGUCGCGUCGCAGGCGCCGCAUCCGUCCCAUUGUAA